CCAGGAACUGUUUCCAUGCAGGCCCCGGUGUGCCUGAUAGAUAACGGGUCUGAUGGGCGCAUGAGUGUCCAGCAGGAGGCGCUAAAGAUCCUGGAGCAGAUCCAGCAGCCGGUGGUGGUGGUGGCUGUGGUGGGGCUCUACCGGACGGGCAAAUCCUACCUUGUGAACCGGCUGGUCGGCAAACACACAGGCUUUGCUCUGGGCGGCACCAUCGAGUCCAAGACCAAAGGCAUCUGGAUGUGGUGUGUGCCUCACCCCUCUAAACCAGGACACACCCUGGUGCUGCUGGACACAGAGGGGCUUGGAGACGUGCAGAAGGGCGACGAGAAGCACGACACGUGGAUCUUCUGUCUGGCUGUUCUACUCAGCAGCACUCUGGUCUACAACAGCAUGGGCACCAUCGACAACACUGCCCUGGAGAAACUGCAGUUUGUGACAGAACUGACGGAGCACAUCAGAGUGAAGUCCAGCGAGCACAACAGGAACACGGAGCUGAUGCGUGUCUUCCCCUCCUUUGUGUGGACGGUCAGAGACUUCACUCUGGAGCUGGAGAAGGAUGGCAAACCCAUCACUGCUGAUCAGUACCUGGAGCAUGCCCUGAAGAUCAAACCAGUUGACGCUAGAUCCCCUCCAGGAGUUGAAAAGCACAACAAGGUUCGUCAGAACCUGAGGGACUUCUUCGCCGAGCGACGCUGCUUCGUGAUGGAGCGUCCAGCCAAUAGCAGAGCAAUGAAGCGCAUGGAGGAGCUGACGGAUGCGGACCUGGACCCCAGCUUCGUGCAGCAGGUCCAGGACUUCUGCAGCUACGUCCACUACAGCGCCCAGGUCAAGACCAUGAGAGGAGGCCGGGGGCUGACCGGCAGGAUGCUGGGCAGCCUGGCAGAGACGUACGUGGAGGCGAUCUGCAGUGGGAAAGUGAUCUGUCUGGAGAGCGAUUGGGAGUCGCUGGCGCUGAUCCAUAACGGCCGGGCCGUGACCGAGACGUUGGAGUUCUACCAGGCAGGGAUGGAGCGCAGAAUGAAGUUCCCAACUGACACUCACGAGGCGCUGUCUACAAUCCACACUGCUGCAACCAAACGGGCAGUCAGCAUCUCAAACACAUCCUUCAGUGGCGUGGAGCAGAAACAUCAGCUACAGUUUAUGAGCAGCAUGGACAAAGAGUAUGUGGCGUCCUGUAAGAACGUUGAAGUGUCUCGGAGCGAGUUUCGGUCGGUCACCCCUCGCACUUUUGCCUCUCUGGAGGGGGACCUGAUGGACGGCUCAUUCAUGAGAUCUGGGGGCCACAGAGAAUUCCGUCACACCCUUGACAGAGGAGCUCAUCUCUACAGAUCAGAGACACACAAGGGAGUUAUGGGUGAGGAGGUUCUGACCGAGUAUCUGGAAGAGAAGAACGCAGUUGGGAUGAGCAUCCGUACUGCAGACCGCUCUCUAACUGAAGCUCAAAAGAGGAUGGAAGUUUUCACUCAAAACACGCGAACCCAGAUCCAGCAGCAGCCCCUCCAUGUGCUGAGGAGCAGCCAUGAGGACCACAUGCGUCAGCUGGAGUCGGAGAUGGAGCGGGUCCUGGGAGCGACACGGAAGCCCUUUCAGUUUAGCCGUUUCAAAUGAGUUCUCAUGGAAUGCUGAUAGCUAAACUGAAGGUAGUAGCCGUUUCAAAUGAGUUCUCAUGGAAUGCUGAUAGCUAAACUGAAGGUAGUAGCCGUUUCAAAUGAGU